AUGGAGCAGAGUUUAUGGGGUCAUCUACCGCUACUGCUCCGGUCUUCCAAGGACUCGGUGGAGUACAUUCUUCAAACCCUUUGGAGGACCCGAAAGACCGGUCUUGACCGACCCGACUGGGACAUGAUCCGAGACAUGCUUCAGCUUCAAAACGAAUCCGACCUCGACCCGCUUUUGGUGUGUCUUCGGAUUUUGAUUCGGAGAUGCGUGUACGAAAAUGUGAAGAGGGAUGAGAUUCAGAGGCUGUUUCCCGAUGAGGUGUCGCCGGAAUUGCAGAGGCUGUUGACGCUUUUGCUCCAGAAGUUUCAGAGAGAAUGGCGGGAAGAUGCAAUCAAGGACCAGGGUGGUUUGCCGCGGUUGAAGACGAUGACGUGGGACAUGGCGAUUCCGGAGGCAGAGUUUGCUGCCCCUGUUGCUGUUAUCAACUUGAAGCUAGUAAAUGAUUCUCAGACUUGUGUUAAAGAAACAGAAGUGAAGUUUGAAUUGGCUAACGAUACUCUAGAAACGAUGCUGAAUUCCAUGUAUUGCAUCAGGGAUCAGUUUUCUAAUGUGGGUGAGGCAUCAAAUGAUCAUUUAUCUCAAGAUGCUAAUGCAUAAGUAGCGGAUAGAAUGACCGACCUAUGUGGCUCCUUUCGUGAAGAAAAAUUGAUACAGCAGCAGUAAGUGCCAAAUAUGAUGUGUUUCCCAGCAUGCACAAAAUAUUAAUGUGUGAAGGGCUGAAGAUAUCUGUAACCAAAAUAUGAAAACUGAAAAUCGUGGUCCAGUUGUACAAAAGAUAUCUUUAGUGCUUAUAUGAUUCUUCACUUUUGACACAAAUACUGUU